AUGGCUUUUAACCGAAACCAAAUAUCCAAUCUUUCUAUGGACGACAGAUAUCUCAGUCAACAACUGAGUCCUCAGUCCCGUCCAAUGGACAUGUUCUCUUCGAAGGCGUCUGACAAUAUCGGCAAUUGGAACUAUGACAACGCCAUCGAUCUUUUCUCUCUGACGCCUGCCGACAUUGAUCCAGUCUCUUUCGAUUUUGCCGAUAGCUUGGCCAGUAGCGACACGAAAGAUAUCUUCAUGGACCCAUUUGGAACCCCAUCCGCCAUCAACGGCUUCACCAUGCCAACCGAAGACACCGUUUCCAUGUCAUCGGACUUCGACAGCGACGACCAAUCCUGGUCCAUGCGCCACUCAGUCGACAUGACCACCCCCUCUGCCGCCGAAAAACAAUGCAAACCAACAACUCGCAGCUCAACUUCAACCCAGAACUCCUCAACACGUUGGUCCUCAAGUCCCGAAAUCAAACCCCAAGAAUACAUCGCCCCUCGCGAGAAAUCCACAUCCUCCCGCAAAACCCGCAGCCUAUCCCAAGACUCCAAUCACUCCACUACGGGCCAGGACCCACAAGUGCGUAAUGCCGCGAAACGCGCGGCCCACAACAUCAUUGAGAAGCGCUACCGCACGAACAUGAACACCAAGUUCCUUUCAUUGGAGAAAGCUAUCUCGCCGGCGGGUAUUCACAAGCAGACUUCUCGUGCUGGUGCUGGAUCUUUGAAGAAAUCUGAGAUUCUGACCAAUGCCCUCGCCUACAUUGAGAGCAUUCAGCAGGAAAACCAGGCCAUGCACAAAGAACUUGCUUUGCUAAAACAGAAUAUGGUCCCAAGUGGGAUGUGGCGACACAAACAGUCACGUUCGUGA